GUGAAGAUCGCGCGUUGCCUUUGAGCGAUCCAGAGUCGCGGUUAACGAUUCCAGCUAUCGCGUCGAGCCACCAAUCGAUUUUGAUGUCUUUGUGUGUGUGUGUUUUAUAUCGAUGUAAAUUCAACGCAAAGUCGGCACAGUGGCUGAACAGUUACUCUUGACCCACACUUCACACCAAUCGCGAGUGAUAUCUGUAUAUAUAUAGAUAUCAAAACACGAUUAUCCUUCACGCGACUCUCGGGCAUCGCGAGCGUGCGAAGCGACAUUGCAAUCGAUUAAUGUCGACUCAAAGGAGGCAGCGAUGGCGUGGGCAUCGCUGCGGAGGAAUAAGACGUUCAGAUACGGGGUCCCCAUGCUGAUCCUCAUCGUUGGGGGUUCCUUUGGCUUGAAGGAAUUCGCACAGAUUCGAUAUGACGCCUCCAAAAACAAAGGAAGGAUGGACCCGAAGUUGGUGGCCAAGCUGAAGGAGAAGGAGUCCGUGAGCCUGGAGAGGGAGUAUGAGAAGCUGAAGGAGGCAGAAACGGACACAUGGGUCAACAUCCGUGGACCGCGGCCGUGGGAGGACUCGAGGACGGUGCAGGACUCUCAGCGGAAGGAAAUCCAGAAGCAGGCGUGAGAGGGCGCGCACGGAGGAGGAGGGCGGAGGGAGAGUGGCCGCGUCGUUUCCCGCGACCCAUCUGCGCGCAGGGGCCGGAUUUUACGCGCGGGGGGGCGAACGGGGGACGGUGCCGCGCGUUCGUGUUAACAAAACUCCAGCGGGGGGGG